CCCAAAAUGUUUUUUGAGAUUUAUGAAUCAUUUUCCUUUGUCUGUACCUUUACUUAAGAAAAUUUAAAAGUAGAUAAUGGAUUUUCCAAUAUAAUCUGCCUAUUGAGACAUUCACACUGGAAUCAUCACUCUAUUAAUUGCAUUUAGUUUAGUCGAAUAGUACUCAAGCCCAUUGCAUGUGGAUUUACAGCAUCAUAAGGAAUUCAGAAAUGUGUCAGAUUUUAUGAAGGUUUUUUCAAACCACCACAGUCCUAACAUUUGAAGCUUCAUCUUUUAGUGCUGUUGCACCAUCAGCCUAAGCAUGCCCUGGAGUUCUACAUAAUCUGUUUUUUUGUGUUUUACAGGGACACUUCCUCAUCUGAACCUCAAUAUCAACAGGUAGAGAUCUCAGAUAAUGAAGCAGUCAAUGACCAAGAUUCCAUUUCAACCAUUUCCAAUGGAUCAAGGACAUCAGACCAACCACUAGAUAAACCUGACACUUCUCACAUAUCUUAUGAUCAAGAGAUACCUAACAAAGAUGAGGAAUUGGAGCCCUUGGAUAUGGCAGUUGAGGAACAUGAAGAAAGUUUGAAAGUUCUGCCUGAAUCCAAGUCACCAAUUACAGCACCAGAUGACAUUGACAUUUCUGAUUACAUAUCUCGGUAUCCAGAUAUUAAAGAUUCAUAUGUCAGACUUGAACAUCUAUCUAAGGCAGUUGAGGAACAAUAUAAAUCUAAGACCAGUCAGCAUGUAUCUUUGUUACUAAUCAAUACACAAGCAGAAAAAUAUCAAAAUGAAGAGCUAGAAAUCUCUGAUGAAAAUAUGGAAUCUUUAGAUGAAGAUCAAGUUGAAUCAAAAUUAGCAAUUAUUCAGAAGGCCAUAUCAGAGUUCAAAGCAGAUAAAAGCAAAUUUAAAUCAAUGAAUGCCACAGCUAAAAAGUAUAGAAUAGAGCUUGUAACUUUUGAAGAAUAUUUAGAUGGGGUAAGGUUAUUAGAUAAGAAAUUCUAUGCAUGUAAGAAAUGUGGUAUCAUCUUAACACAUGAACGACUCUAUCAAAAGCAGGCUGAAAUGGAAAUAAUGCAGAAGGCUAUUUUGGAUUACAAAUCAAAUUUUGGAAAAAACAAAUCUGAGGAAUCAGUGGCAGAUAAGUAUGCAAUACCAUACGAGUCCUUUGUAGAAUACCUGUAUGAAGAAAGACCAUUGGAUCACAAAAUAAAUACAUGUGAGAAAUGUAGUGGAGAUCAUAAGUAUGAAAUAAAAACAAGAAAUAAGCAUAAGAGAUUUCAUGAACAGGAAACACUUCCUCAAUAUAAAGAGAUGCAGAAAGAUCCAGAGGAAUCUCAAGAAGAACCAGUGAAAGACCAGGCUGACUCGUCAUCAUCUUUGGAUAAAUCAAGGUCACAAUCUGAAACACCAGAUAACUCUGAUACUGCUACUGACAAAUCUCACAAGGUCGAGGAAGAAAGCGACUCUCCUGAAGGAGUUGAGAAUCAAGAUGAAUUUCCAACAAUUCAGGAUGAGUCUAAUUCACAAAAAAAAUCAAGAACUGAUCUUAUGUUUGAUGAAAAUAAGAGAAAUUUAUGGCAAGAAACAAAGGGUAGAAUAGCACAUAUUCAGGAAUCCAUUUUAGAUUUCAAAUCAAAUAGAACCAACUUUGAAUCUGUAUAUGCAGCAGCAAAACAUUAUGAAAUAGACUACACGACUUUCAGAAAAUAUUUAGCUGGGAAAGGAACAUUUUAUACUUGUGAGAAAUGUGGAAAAACAAUGAGAGGACAGAAAAGGAUCAUCUUAGGACAUGAAAAACUCCACCAAAAGCAGGCUGUAAAGGAAAAUAUGCGAAAAGCUAUAUUGGAUUGUAAAUCAAAUAAAAAUAAAUCUGCUGCAUCCGUUGCAUCUGUUGCAAACAAAUAUGAUGUAGAUCUGGUAUCCUUACAAGAAUAUGUGUAUGGGAUAAAAUCAUGGAAUGAUAAGUCUUAUACAUGUGACAAAUGUGGUAAGGUUUACGAGCACAAAAGAAGGCUUGUAAAUCAUAUGCGAUGUCAUGAAGUGAUUCCUGAGUAUAGGAUGAAAAGGCAAAAAGAUUUGCAGCCUCAACUAGGGGAUCAAGGUGAACAACCAAGAAUUUACAGUGAAAAUAAAAGACAAGAUAACUUUGACAAUGGUAUUGAUGAAUCUCAGUAUCUGGAGACAAAGGGCACAGAGGAGUUGGAGCCUCAACUAGAAGAUCAAAUAGAAAAUAUGGGAAUUCCCAAUGAAUCAAUGUCACAAUCUGGAACAGCAGAGAACCUUUACAGUGCUACUGACAAGUCCCAGAGUAUGUACUUAGAAAAAUAUCUAGAGUCUCCAGAUGGAGAUGAAAUAAUGACAAUUCUACAUGAAUCCAGAUCACAAACUGAAUCCUCAAAUGAUCUUAUGAUUGAUAAAAUCAAGAGCGAGGUACAACGAGAAAGAAAAGCUAGAUUAGCAUACAUUCAGGAAGCUGUAAAAGAUUUCAAAUUAAAUAGAACCAGAUUUGAAUCUGUAAAAGCUGCAGCAGAAUAUUAUGAAAUAUCUUAUGUUACUUUCAGAAAGUAUUUAAAUGGGAGAAUAACAUUAGACAAAAAAUUCUAUACAUGUGAGAAAUGCAACAUAACAAUGAGUGGACAGAAGCAUAUAAUCUUAGCGCAUGAAGUACUCCAUAAAAAGCAGGCUAAAAUGGAAAGUAUGCAGAAAGCUAUAAUGCAUUAUAAAUCAAAUAAAAAUCAAUCUAUGGCAUCAGUGGCAAAAAAGUAUGAUGUCGAUUUCAUAGAUUUCCAAGAAUAUCUGCAUGGGAUAAAGUCAUUCAAAAAGAAGACUUAUACAUGUGACAAAUGUGCUAAGGUUUACAAGCAAAAAAAAUAUUUUGAAUCUCAUAUUAUGCAAUGUAAUGAAAUACUUCCUCAGAUUAAGUUGAAAGGGCAAAAAGAGGAAUCAGACUUUCAAGAGCCUGUGAAGAACCAUGUUGAGUCAUCGUCUUUUUUGGAUGAAUCAAGGUCACAAACUGAAACACGAGAUAACCUUGACACUGCUAUUGAUGAAUCUCAGUAUCCCGAGACAAAGAGCACAGAGGAGUUGGGUCCUCAACUAGAAGAUCAAAUAGAAAAUGUGAGAAUUCCCAAUGAAUCAAUGUCACAAUCUGAAACACCUGGUAACAUUGACAGUGCGACUGACAAGUCUCAGAAUGCAGAGAAAGAAAUUGGCUCUCCAGAAGAUGAUGAAAUGUCAACAAUUCUGCAUGAAACACUUGAUAACCUUGACACUGUCAUUGAUGAAUCCCAUAAUGCAGAGAGACUGUACUCAGAAAAGGAACUGGAGUCUCCAGAGGAAGAUGAGGACCAAGAUGCAAUGUCAAAAGGUCUACAUAGAUUUGGGCAACUAACUACAGACAAGGCUCAGUGUCAAGAAAUAAAAAACUCAGAGAGAAAUUUGGAAUCUCCUGGAAGUGAACUAGAAGAUCAGAAUGAUGAAACAUCAAAGAUAAUCCAUGAAUCUAUAUCUGAUGAUGUUGAGUUAUGGAAUGGGAAGAACAUGGCAUAUGAAGUAAGAAGGGCUAGAGGUGAAAAAACCACAAUGCAGCACAAAUUAGAGAAAAGAACCCUGAGCUGUAACAGAAUGGUAGCAAAACAGAAUCGUUUAAAACAUAAAUUUUUGGGUGAUCAUCCAAGUACAAGAAAAUUAUUGGAUCUGCCUGAUAACAUUCAGAAGGAGGGAUAUUGUACAUGUGACAAAUGCGGUAGGCAGCUGAAGUUCAAUCCAAGAAACAAAAACAAUAUUAUAAAGCACAUGCAUGUUUGUGGCAAGAAAUAUGAAGAACGAAAACAAGAUAAAGAGGAUAAAUUAUAUAAUUUUAGAAAAGCGGCACAGAAGAUUGAAACAGACAAAACCCUAUCUGUGGAGACUGUAGCAAAACAGCAUGGAAUAUCCCGUACUACAAUGUAUAGAUAUUUACAGGAAUCUAAGUUGUCUCGUAAUUGUGUAUGUGAAAAGUGUGGUAAGACCUUAAAAAAGGAAAAACUGAAAGAACAUAUGCAGUUCCAUGAAAACUUGGAAAAAGCCUAUUUAGCACACAAAUUGAAUAAAAAUGAAACUGCAAGGUCCGUUGCAAAACAGUUUGGCAUACCAUAUAAAUCUUUGCAUAAUUAUGUGACGGAUCAGAUUAAGUUAGGUCAUAGGCAUAAAUGUGAGAAGUGUGGUAAAAAGUAUAGGCAUAAAAUAUAUCUGAAAAACCAUAUGAGAUUGCAUGAAAAGGAAUUGAGGUUUAAGCAUAAAAUAAUGUACAUGAAAGAAAAAAAAGCUCAGAUCAGCAAUAUUGAUAAAGCCAUUGAGGAGAUCAAAUCAAAUCCUGCAAGUAGAUCUGUUAAAUCUGUGGCAAAAGAGCAUGAUGAAUUAUUGCAGUCCCAUUUUAGAAUGAAAAAGAAUUUAGAAAGACGUAUCAAGAUUUAUGAAAACAUUGAUAAAGCUAUAUUAGAGGUCAAAUCAAAUCCAAAUCAAUCAGUGGCAUCAGUGGGAAGACGGUAUGGAAUAUCACGGACCACAAUGUUUAGACAUUUGGAUAUUGAAUGUAAGAAAUCAGAAUGGAAACUUAAACAGAUAUGUGAAAAGUGUGGUAGGGAGAUUAAUCCACGUAGAGAAAAUAUGAAAGACCAUAUGGAGUUUCAUAAGAAACUUGAUAAAGCCAUGGAGAUCAGAUUGAAUGAGGGUAAGAAUUACUUGUCUAUUGCAAAAGAUCUUGGCAUUAAUCCUGGUACUCUGUAUCAGCAUUUAAGCAAAAAAUUGAACAACACAUUCAAGCAGAAGUAGAACCUAUUUCAAACUUCUGAAUGGAGUAUCUUAAGCCAGAUUUCAACCUGACUGAUAGUGUGAUAUUGAAACAAAUUGUGACAGUGAAUUAUUAGCAACCAAUCUGUACCAUGCUAUGUGUGAAACUUCGAAAGAAGUAUGUGAAAUAAUGAACUGUACAUGUUUAUCCAAAAGACUUGUAUCUGAAAAAUAAAAUGCUAUUGAUGAGGUUGAAAACAGUUUUUUUAAAUUAAAAUUCUUCUGAUGGUAUUUUAGACAUAAGUCUGUGUCAGAUAUGAAUCUUCAACCUUAGAGGAUCACAAUGUACUCAGUGAAUUACUUGCAUAUUAGAUAUUAUGAAAUGUUCAUGCACUCCAUAUAAUUUGCAUGUCAAUAACAUUUAUUAUAACAUACAUAUGAUGAUGUAUAGUGUAAACUGUUCACAAGACAGCGUGUCAAUAUAACUUUUAAAAAGCCAGCGCCCGCUAACUUUCUAAUUGGUCAAGCGCUGUUACUACGUCAGACCUAGGUCAAAUUGACUCGUACAUUCGUAAGAUACAAACAUGGGAAUAAAUCAUCAUUUCCGAACCAUUGCUAGUCAAUUAGAUAAGAAAAUGGUACUCUCUGACCAGACUAGAUCAUCAUAGGUAUGUUAUAAAUCGUUUAUGUCACUAUAGUUGCACAUAUGCCCUCGGUUCUCAGUGAUCAAUGUCCCUCUCAAGGUCGGGCCAUAUAUCACUGAAACCCUCGGGCAUAUAUGCAACGAUAGUGACAUAACCUCUAACUAGGUGAUUUACUUUUUCAAGAUUAUGUAUUUCAGGAAAAAGCUUUUUAUUAAAGUAUAAAGAUGUUAUACUAAAAUUGAAGAACUUUAGAGACAGAAAAUUUUUAAGGCACUAGUAUAUCAUUAGGCCAAUCAUUCAAGUGACUUAGAUAUGGAAAUUCUGUAUGGAUGUAAUAAACUGUUAUAAAAUAAACUGCUUUUACAAAAAAUAA